CUAUUUGGGGGUGGUGGUUGUUGUAUUAUUGUAAAUAUGAAUACGCGUACUAAAAUUAAUGUACUACUGGACUUAUCUUAUCAUUAGCAAGUUAAAUAAAACCUAGUUAACUAUAAUCGGUCGGCACUUGUCAUUGCUCAUUCCUCUUGACCUCCAUUCAUUUUUGUAGCAUAUUUUCAACCUUUCAACCUGCACUGUAGACAUAAAUAUCUGUGAUACUGGACUGAAUAGUAAAUUGUGUUUUACAAAUUUUAGUUAUAAGUGAAAGUGAAGCAGUCUGCUGACAAACUAUGAACCCCUCAAGGACGAAUUACAAUUACGUGUAUCCUUUCAAAAGGCCUUGGUUGCGGGAAAAUGGGGCCGCUGCGCCUGCCGCAGGAAAUACCGGACUCAAAGGGAUUAUUGCUGGUGGUAUUACUGGUGGGAUCGAGAUAUGUAUAACAUUCCCAACAGAAUACGUAAAAACACAGUUGCAGCUCGAUGAAAAAGGGGGGCAGAAGCAGUACAAUGGAAUUGCAGACUGUGUGAAAAAAACUGUAAAAAGUCAUGGUUUUUUUGGGCUGUAUAGAGGUUUGAGUGUUCUUUUGUAUGGGUCAAUUCCAAAAAGUGCAGUCAG